CCCGCGGUAGACGUGGUGGCCGCAGUCCGUGUCCCUGAGUGAGGGAUUUCACCGCCCACUUUCAGGCCCUCUUGGCUGAAAUAACUGGUGGCCAUGCAGGAGAAAUACCCAAGUGAGAGAAUCUCUCACAACACUUCACCAGGUUCCAGUGUGAUUCAGAAGGGCAGUUCUCUGGGGACUGAAUGGCAGACACCAGUUAUCUCAGAGGCCUAUCGAAGCCGCUUCAGCCGCUGUUCAAGUGUAGCUGACAGUGGGGACACAGCCAUUGGGACAUCGUGCUCAGACAUUGCAGAGGAUUUUUGCAGCUCAAGUGGCAGCCCUUCUUUCCAGCCCAUCAAAAGCCACGUAACCAUUCCAACAGCCCAUGUGAUGCCUUCUACUUUAGGGACCUCUCCUGCCAAGCCAAAUUCUAUACCUGCUGGACCUUCUUCAUCCAAACUCCCUUUGUCAGUGUUGGCUGAAAGUGUGGGGAUGACAAGAAAUGGAGACCUCAGUGCGAUGAAACGUUCUCCAGGCCUGUCUAGAGAUCUUAUGUAUCUCUGUGGUACUACUGGAGAAAAUGGAAUUGAGCAGUCCUGGUUUCCAGCAGUAGGCCAUGAAAGAGAGGAAGAAAUGAGGAAGUUUGAUAUUCCUAAUAUGGAAUGUACCCUGAAUCAUUCGGCAAUGAUGGAGACUCUUUAUUCAGAUCCCCACUAUCGAGUCCACUUCCACAAUCCAAGAACUGACACAAACAAGGAGUUGUACAAAGUGUUGCCUGAGGCCAAGAAGGCACCAGGCAGUGGGGCAGUAUUUGAGCGGAAUGGACCACACCCUAGCAGUUUCCCUUUGGGACUCCAGCCUGCUCCUGGUCUUUCCAAGCCUCUACCCUCUCAGGUGUGGCAGCCGAGUCCUGACCCUUGGCAUCCCCAUGAGCAAUCUUGUGAACUCAGCACUUGUCGGCAGCAGCUGGAAUUAAUCCGUUUACAGAUGGAGCAAAUGCAGCUAGAAAUACAGAUCCUGUUCAUUGACAGAGUAUCCCUGGAGACUCUAGUUUAA